AUGUCCCAGCGCAGGCGGCCGGGGUCGGGCAGGUGGGUCCAGGUGCGGCCCGGAGCGCGGGCCCGAUGCCGACGAAUCAGUUCGAUCUCGCCCGGCAGCGCCGACCCCUCGAACCGCCCGGUACCGGUGGGAGGGAGGAGGGGAAGGGGGCGGGCGCCGUGCGAAGCCGAGGGGUUGCUGGGAGCUGUAGUUCUCCCUGCCUACGAGCGGCUCCGGCGGGACUCGGCGCAGGGGCUGCCGGGAGUUGUAGUCCCGGAGAGAACUACAGCCCCCAGCCUGCCUCCCGCGCCUCAGGCCCGCCGCUUGGGGGUGCUGCUGGGGCGGCGGCGCUUGGAGCGGCAUAUUAUGGAACCGAGCCCGGCAGGAGGAGGCGGAGGUCCAGGGGAACCAGCACAUGCCGUGGCACUGCUGCGGGGUCUGAGUGCGCUGCGCUCUGAGCGGAGCCUGCUUGAUGUGACAGUGGUGGCCGGGGGCUGUGAGUUUGGGGCGCACCGAGCUGUGCUAGCCGCAGCUUCUGGCUACUUCCGUGCCAUGUUCGGUGGGUCACUGCGGGAGUCCCGGGCCGAGCGGGUGCGGCUACAUGGGGUGGACCCUGAGUGCCUGGCGCUGCUGCUCGACUUUGCCUACACUGGUCGGGUGGGGCAGCUGGGCCCCGACAUCGCAGAGCGGCUGCUGCGUGCCGCCGACCUACUGCAGUUCCCAGCCGUAAAGGAGGCAUGUGGCGCUUGGCUGGCCCGGCAGCUGGAGCCGGCCAACGCGCUGGACAUGCAGGACUUUGCGGAGGCCUUUGCUUGCCCAGCCCUUGCAGCUGCCGCACACCGCUUUGUGCUGCGCCAUGUGGGUGAGCUGAGCACGCAGUUGGAGCGCCUGCCGCUGGCGCGGCUCAUCUCCUACUUGCGGGACGAUGAGCUGUGUGUGCCCAAGGAGGAGGCUGCUUUCCAGCUGGCACUGCGUUGGGUGCGUGCCGAUCUAGCUGCCCGUGCCCCGCUGCUGCCGCAGCUCCUGGCCCAUGUGCGCUUGCCCUUUGUGCGCCGUUUCUACCUGCUGGCGCACGUGGAGGGCGAGCCCCUGGUGGCACGCUGCCAGCCCUGCCUGCGCCUCCUCCGGGAGGCCCGCGACUUCCAGGCUGCCCGCUAUGACCGGCACGACCAGGGGCCAUGUGCUCGCAUGCGGCCACGACCCUCCACCGGCCUGGCAGAGAUCCUUGUGCUCAUUGGCGGCUGCGACCGUGAUUGCGAUGAGCUGGUCACCGUUGAUUGUUACAACCCACGCACGGGGCACUGGCGCUACCUGGCCGAGUUUCCUGAGCACUUGGGCGGCGGCUACAGCAUAGCAGCGCUGGGCAACGACAUCUACGUGACAGGAGGAUCAGAUGGGUCAAGGCUCUAUGACUGUGUCUGGCGAUACAAUUCUAGUGUGAAUGAGUGGACAGAAGUGUCUCCAAUGUUAAAAGCAAGAGAAUACCACAGCUCUACAGUCUUGGAUGGACUGUUGUAUAUCAUAGCCUCAGACAGCACAGAACGUUACGACCACUCCAUAGACGCCUGGGAGGCUUUGCAGCCUAUGUUGUACCCAAUGGACAACUGUUCCACCACAUCUUGUCGUGGCAAACUCUUUGCUAUUGGCUCUCUAGCAGGCAAAGAAUCCAUGGUUAUACAAUGUUAUGACCCUGAAACUGACCUCUGGUCCCUAGUGAACUGUGGACAGCUGCCUCCGUGGUCUUUUGCACCAAAAACUGUGACUCUUAAUGGACUUAUAUACUUUAUAAGAGAUGACUCUGCUGAAGUGGAUGUUUACAAUCCAAUGAAGAAUGAAUGGGACAAAAUCCCUCCUAUGCUUCAGGUUCAUGUUGGAGGGAGCUUGGCUGUGCUCGGUGGGAAGCUCUAUGUCUCUGGUGGCUACGAUAACACAUUUGAACUUUCAGACGUGCUGGAAGCUUAUGAUCCAGAAACUCGAACAUGGAGCAUAGUGGGACGGCUGCCUGAACCCACCUUCUGGCAUGGAAGUGUCAGCAUAUUCCGACAGUUUAUGCCACAAACUACACAAGACGACGACAGUAUCACUCUGGAUAAUGCCAUUAACCUAAACAGGCAGCGCCAGAAUCUUCAUAAUCAGAAUCUUAAUGAGUUACGUUAACAGUAGAAAAACUUCUCUCUGGCUUGAAGUGAAUUCAUUACAAAUAACCAGUGUCACUUUGGGGGAGGGCAGGAGGCAAACUGGUGCUUGGAAACUCUGAAAUGGAUUGAUCAGUAAGUGCAAGUAGGGAGGUAGUAAAAACCCUGAAAGAUUAAAAUGUUGUUGUAGGAAACAUAGUUGGCAGAAAGUUGGAGGCCUCUUUGGGUGCAUUGUCCCUCAGCACUUUUCUGUGGAUGGAGAAGGUGCAGCAUUAGCCACAGAAAAGCUCUGAUAAGAGAACUCUGGAAAAAAACAGGUAUUUUUGAAAAAUCACUUGUUACUCAAACACCAGUAUUGCUCUUCCAGGCAGCACUGUGUAGCUUUCGAUCAGACAGCUUUCACUAGUACCCUGCAGUCAGCAGCUUUCCACAUCAUAACACUUCAUAUUUGCCACCAAAUUCCAUUCUUUGUGGCGGUAUUUUAUGGAAACACAGAAGAUAGGGUGGACUAAAGUUCGCUAAUACCAGAGGCUCUCUGAAAGGGGAGAGAUUGAUUUGGUAAGAUAUGCCUGCAGAUCUAAUGCUCUUCUCAGUGCUCCAGAGGAAGAUAGACCUCUUGCCAAUAUGAUCUGAGGGAAAAUUCCACCUACAAAGUUUGGGUUCAUUAUAGAUGUGCAGAUAUGAGGAUAUAAAUAUCUAACCCUAAAUAUGCUGAGCCACCAUAAACUUUAGUCACUCUUCAUGCUUUUAUGAAGAACCUAUUAAACUGCAUUUGCAUAAAAAGCUCAGUGCAAGGAUAUUAAGGUUGAGAGUCAUGAAGUUUGAAAUUUCCCUCCACCGCAACCUUAAAAAUGUGAUAAAUUGUUAAAAACUGCUACAGCACUGAAAGUUUCUAUACAGAAUUUUCAUUACCCCCAAGCAGCUUGUGCUUUUAUUGGUCCUUACUAGGAAAAUGUUUCUUUAGAAACUUAUCAUUUUAAAAAUGAUUCACAUACUUAGAUUGAGUGAAAUGUCAAAUGCAUUUCAGUUUCUUUAAGCAAAUAUCCAUCUGAGAAGAAGAGUGGGGGAGACUUUAGGGGCUGGGGGCUCAUGUCAAAGAUCUCUUGGACAAGAACAUCCUCCUCCAUCGACAUUCAAAUGUGAAUAACCUUUUUGUUUCUAUCAAACUGUUUAGCCUGCCAUUGAACUUGGCAGAGAAAUCUCUGCAGUAUGGUCUUGUCUAGUGAGGUUAUUUGCUAUUUAUUAUUGAUGUUCCAUAAGCUCUAAAGACUUUAACUUGACUCUUUUUAUAUAAAGGAUGGCAAAAUUUGUGCUAGAUUAAGCAGAUAGGUCCUGGAUAGUAGAUGGGGACACUAUAAAAUGUAGAAGGGGUAUUCUCACUAUUUAGACACUAAAGAAGUAGAUCAGAAUGGUAUUUUUAGGGGAGAACUUAUUUAAAGGGAGGAAAUAAAGAAGAGCUUCCUUGGGAACUGUCCCAUGGAUUUGAGCAAAGUAAUUGAUUACAGUAUUUGGUAUAUAGAAAAAUAAUUUUAUGCUGCUUCAAACAUUCAUGAUAAAGAAUGGUGGCUAAGCUAAGGUAAAUUUACGGUUUAUAAAUGGAUCAAUUUGCUGAGUGAUAGAACUUUCUAACAUGUUAAUAUUACACGUGAGAAUUGACAUUCAUCAAAAUAAUUUAAAGCAGCUGCUGGAAUUUUUGAGCAGUUGGUAAAUGCUAAUCAGGGCCUUUAGUUAGUGCAUAGAGACUGAAUUUUGUUUAGAUCGCUAUUGCUUUUGUAAUCAGUAAGUUUUGCUUUCAGACUUAAGUGAUCUGGCAGGCUUAAUUUUAUUUCCUGUAUUUAAACUAAGCAAGCACGUUUCAAUGGAAGAGGAAAUUUCCUGCUAAUUCCUUGAUUGUCUGGCUGUUCCUACAAAGCUCUUAAAUUUCAAAAUGCAGCAUGGUCUAGUUGAAAGCAAGCAUUAAUGUCCUUUAGGAAAGAAUGAUGAAGUGAAAUAGUGGGUGAGAUGGUAGCUGUGCAUUUUCUCAGUGGGAAAACUGUAUGAAUUUAAACUUCACCUACAUGUGACAAACCCAGAUAUUCAAUCACACAAAUCUUUAGGCUUCUUCAUUUGGAAGAUGCUGUAGGAUAUCUUAACUCACUGAAAUGUCCUAAGUUCUCAAGGGAUAAAGCAUUUUCUACAGCUCUUGAGUCUGUUCUCUCUCGAACAUUUUCUCUCUAUUGCAAACUUUCAGCAGAGAUUCUUCCCAUUAUCCUGAACUUGGACCACUCAAACCUUGAUAGGUUAUUGACAGUGCCUUAUCAGAAUGUAGCUUGAGACAGGGAUAUAGAGCAACUAGAUUGUGUUGACAGACUUCCGUCUACCAAGACUUCACAGUGGGUGGAACAAAGUUACUGUAUAAAUCCACUUGAUAGAGUUGGCAAACUUCAACUUCUGUUUUGUUUUGGAAACUUUUGCACAUGUUGCAGGGGAGUCCUGGAGAUCAUGCUCCAAAAGCUCUUGCUAGAGCUUCAUGUCAUGAACAUCAGUCUGCUGGCAAAGGAUGACUAGACAAGAUGGUGGGACUCCUACUUCUGUAUUAGGCAAAGAAGCUUAGACUGGUAUGUCAGACUUUGACCCUUGGUAGUGCUACCAGCUGGAAAGAACGAAAAACUCACUGAGUUUCCUACUUGGAAGUUGGGAAUACCAAUCAGUGGACCAUUUGGUUAUCUCAGUCAGGCUUUUAGUAUCACAAAUUUUAUAGUAACCAGUAGGAAACCUACAUCUUCCACUGAGCUUGUGCAGUUAUUGUAAUGGGAAUGGUAAACACAACCAUGUGGUGCUCAGUAGGGUGGCAGUAGUUUAAGACAUGUAUUCAAGUCCAUCUUAAGAUGUGGAGCACUGCUGCCUACAUGUUGUGAUUUAGUAUAACUUAAUUUGCAUAGUAGAAUGGUCAAGUAUUUAUGCUGAACUAUUAAAGUAUAUUUAUGUAGAACAUUCUCCUCCCGUAGUGCUCUCUGCUGGACCUAUGUCAUCUUGACGUUCCAAAACCAGCUGAGUAACUUUAGGUUUGUAUUUAUAACUUUUUGUAGAUUUUCAUUGUGUCCAAACCUUUAAAUACUGUUUAAAUACCAUCCUUUGAAGCAAAGGCAUUUUACAUUUUGACAGAUUUUGGAAUUUUAUUCAUACUUUUGUUUUUAAACUUACUUGAAAUGAUCAAGCUAAAUAAAACAUGUUAAAUGUAAAUGUUUUGUUCAGCUCUCAGUGACGGCAGGGAGGCUUCUAGAUCUGAUAGGGUUAAUUUGCCUGUGGUGGCUCUCCCUCUGAUGCAUGUUUGUCAAAUUAAAUAGUCACUUUCCAAAGAGAAAACAUUGAAGGGUAGUCUUACUUCACCCAUAGAGGAAGUGUGAUCUAAGAGUUCUCUUCCAAGCUGUUUGUUAGUUACUAUUAAGUACACUUACAACAAAUCCCAUUUUUGCUCCACUACCAUUUUUAGAAUGUUCCCAGCCUUCCUAUCACAAAUUAACUAUACUAAAAUGUCUUCUGCAUGGCUGUCACUGUGUGAGUACUGCUAAUAAUGCAGACACUUAUGCUGUCUUGCUGCCAUAGAUCGUCUCACUUUAAGUGACUUGAGUAAUUUAGUAUUCUAAGAGUGGCAGUUUACAAUAACCAGAAAAUCAGGCUGAGGGGUCAAGGUACUGUGUAUAGUGUCACUUAAGAAAUAACCCUGGAAGUUAGUUCUCUAAUCUGUACUCCAUUCUGGAAUCUAAUCAGCUACUUGUGAAAUGCUCUAGCAUAACUUGGUUGAAUUCUGAUAUGUGCACUGACAAACUUCUUAAACUAAAUCUACUUCAGAGCCAAAGCAACUUUCAGCCACAGUCUGCAAAAGCUUUUUGUAAAGGUAGCAGGGGAUUCAAGUAGUCCAGUUGUUGAAAUUCUCAGUUCCCUUAAAUUGCCUCACAGCUGAUGUACUAGUUAUCUCUUGCUGGAGAAUUUGCAUCUUAAAUUUAGGUGCUUUGUCAACAGCGGUAGUGUUAAAGGACAGAGAUGGUCAUGAGAGUUUGGUAUCCUUAAGCACACAUGACUUUUCACAAGCUGUGCAGACAGCCCUCAGUGUAAAAAGUUGACCAUGCCUAUCUUAGUGAUACAAGCCUUAUGGAUAAAGUACUGCGAGAUUGUGAAGUUGCUCAUCAGCCUCCUCCCAUAACUGUUAAGCAGCUGAGAACUUGCUUUUUUUUUGGUGGGUUUUUACUUGAUGCAUCCUUCUGUGGUUGGAAUUAGUAACUCAGGGUACGUCUACGGGGAUCGAUUUAUCGCGUGUAGUGUAGACGCAAUAAAUUGAUCCCCGCUUGCUCUCCCGUCGACUGCUGAACUCCAGCUCAGUGAGAGGCGGAAGCAAAGUCGACGGGGGAGCCGCGGGUGUCACUUCACGUCCUCGCAGCGCUGGAUCAAGUAAUUUUAAUUCAAUCUAAGAUACAUCGACUUCAGCUAUGCUAUUCUCGUAGCUAAAGUUGCGUAUCUUAGAUCGAUUUCCCCCUUCCUCCCCAGUGUAGAGCAGGCCUCAGUAUUGAUAGAGGUAUGAUAACUUAAUCAUCUCAGCUGUCUGUCCUUGAUCAGUACACAUGAUUGAGUUUAAAAGCACCAGCAUGUAAAGUAAAAGUUAUAUAAUACAGCCACCUGUUUUAAAGAAAUUGUUGAAGACUUACAAUAUCAAGCCUUCACUCAAGACAUUUCAAACUGCCCUUAUAUGGCGCAAUCAAACAGCUGUUGUGCCAAGUCCAUUCCAGGGGGAUAGAUGAGCUAAACCUCAUCUUCCACGUGGUCUAUGGUGAGCCAGGCCCACUCUCUUCCCUUGCUCACCAUUAUAGCUCCUAAAUUGUGCUGGUUGCCAACACCACAAAAUGAGCAGCAGGGUAAAACCCCAGCUGUGCCCUUUGUCUCUGCAGGAGGAUGGUCCUUUACAGCGCUGAUUCUCCUCUCACCAAAAUGGCAGCUUGUAGCUAUAGUGCAGGAUCACAGACCAUGCCUGCAGGAUUCCAAGCCAGAUAAAAAGUUUUUGGCCAAGGAGUUAAGUUAGUGGAAUAUAGGUGAGAAGUAAGAAGAGCUCCGUAUAAGCUAAUUUCUCUCACCAACAGAAGCCGGUCCAAUAAAUAUUACCUUACACACCUUCUCUCUAAUAUCCUGGCACCAACACAGCUACAAUGUUGCUUAUGUGGAAUAUAUUUACACAAUCACACUCUUCCUCCUGCAAUCACAUUCAUAGCAUUAGGCUCAUCUCUCCCUAGAGAACUAACAUUUUAGAGGGUCUUUCUGCAUUACUGAUCUAACAGGGUGGGGGCAGGGAAGCAAGUACACUCUUGGAGAGAUUGAUUAGCUCUGAGUUUUCACACAUUUGCUGUUCUUGUAUAAGUCAUUAAGGGAUUUUCAAUGGAGCUUGAUACCCAACUCCAAAUAAAAUUCAGUAGGAUCUGGGUACUUAAUUUGUUUAGGUGAUUUUGAUAAAUGCAGCCUAAAUUAAACUAUCCGAAGCCAGGGUUGGAGUCUUCUUAGCAAAAAUGGGAUUACUAAACAACUUUACGUAGUUCUUACCUGAAGGCUAACUUUGGUAUGCUGUUCAUGGUAUUGGGUUGUGUAAAGCCAGACUUCAACACUGCUGCCACCAGGAGAGCAAGAUCCAUGUAUUUGUACACAAGUGUGACCCGUACAUGGACACUUACAACUGCCAUACUUGAGAUUAGGAGUGAAGUUUCACUAUAUCAUCUACAGAUGCCUACCAGAAGGAUGGUUUAGGGGAGGCAUUCUUCUUGUUCCUGCCACAGUGCUGGAGGGCAUUUUCCCCCAAAACAAAACUACUUUUUCUAAACAAGUCUGUAAAAGGCAGUAUCUUUCCAACUGGGUUAGAAAGGUAGUUGACAGUAUUAAGCAUGAGGGAACAAAAAAUUAUAGUUCAA